CCCGGACUACGGCCGAGAGAAAGGCAAUGACUAUGGCUGAGCUGGCUAUCGGCGUCAUGUCAACAUUCACUUAUUUAUUUCAGGAAAAGUCUGCACCAAAGACAGAGCAGCCGUCAGUGAGUUGAGUGGCGUCCAUCUAUACGUAUGGAUGUGUGUAGUCUUCUCGCUCGUCGCACUUACUUCUCUUGACGCAUUUGCCCGUCGAUGCGUCGCGCACAUAGUUGGGCGCGCACACACACUCGGGCCGGUCGAACUUCACCAUGCACACACCGCCAUCGCCGCAUGAGUAGCCCUUGCACAACUGCUCCCCAAUAUCUGAUCGAUCACACACAGCAUAAGAACACACACACCGAUCAGAUCAACACCAUCCCCGAAUCGCCUCGCUCUUUCUCUCUCUUUCUGCCCGCCUAGCCUAGCCCACCGAUUCCGCAUCUCUUGAGGCACUCGUAUCCGCCGAUCGCCGGUGCAGCGACCUGCUUCUGGUCAGAAUCGAGCCGCACCGCCUCCCUCUGCCUGACGCCCAGUGUGGUUGCCAAGGCGUUGGUGGGAAUGGACAGCAGCCGGGAGGCGACAGUCAGCACACCAGGGUCCUCACUGUUGAAGGUCGAGAUGAACUCGACCGGCUUGCAGCCCCUGUUGUACUGCCAGUGCAGGAGCCCUUCUGGGACCAACAUGGACUGGCCCGCCUUCAGGGUGUUGUUGAUGACGCGCGGCGAGGGGCCGUUCUCCUCCACGAAUCCCAUCUCCAACUCGUCGCCCUUGAUGACGUAGACGAUCUCGGCCGCCCGUGGGUGCAACUGCGGUGAGUUCAGACCGCAGGGCUCCAGCACGUAGUGCACCUGUGAGAUGGACUCGCCCUUGAGUGACGGGAGCUCCUGCACACGCACCGGACGCACAUCGCCACCCGCACCCUGCAGGCAUCACGACAGACAGGCAGGGAGGGAGGGAGAAAGACAAACACAGGGGGGCAGAAGUAAGUAGUCUGUGCCUCCACUUGUCUGUCUGUCGAGCUUACCGCGUCGACGGGCUCGGCCUUUCGUGUCGGGUAGGCGAAUGCCUUGCUGGGCAACGACGCCCGGCGUUCCAGCUCAGUCACGGCCUGGGCACUGAUGAGCCCCACAGACGACAGGGCGAGAAGGCUGACGAGAAGGACCCGGGAUGCCAUCAGAUUAGAUUGAUUGAAGAGCCGCGAAUGAGUGGAGCUGACCAAGGGCUUGAUGC